CCGCUCCGGCCGGCGCAGCCACUGGACAGUUAAAUUCCGACGUGGAAACUGGUGUGUCCGCGCGCGGCUUUCCAACCGUUCAUCAAGGUUCUCUCCGGUCUUUACCACCUGCCCGGCGAACGGAUUCCGGUUCCAGCAGGGCUCGGCGCAGCUUGCUCCGACAAUCGCGCACGAUUAUCCACGGUGCGGUAGAUCUCGCUUCUCGAACAAUGCCCUUCUCGAACGGCGAGCACGUGAACGGCCUGAAUCAUCAUCAUCAUCAUCAUCAGCAACAGCAGCAGCAACAGCCGAUCAAGCGACCCACGGAAAAUGAGUUUUUACACACCACCGUCAAGCAUCUACGGCACAGCACGUACACGUUCGAGACGCUGCAGGAGUCGGCCCAGUUCCUUCUGGAUCGCAUCAAGAUGCAGCCGAAGAUCGGGAUAAUAUGCGGCUCCGGAAUGGGAUCAAAUGAGCAAAACGAGUUGUGUCCAGGUUCGCUGGCUGAAUUCCUCGAGGAAAAGCAGUGCUUCCCUUACGAGGAGAUCCCCCAUUUCCCAGUCUCCACAGUCCAGGGUCACCAAGGUCAGAUGGUGUUCGGUUAUCUGAAGGGCAUCCCGGUGAUGUGCAUGCAAGGGAGAUUCCAUUACUACGAGGGUUACCCGCUGUGGAAGUGCGCGAUGCCAGUCAGAGUUAUGAAGCUGGUGGGCGUGACCCAUCUGAUUGCGACAAACGCGGCGGGAGGUCUGAAUCCAACGUACAACGUCGGCGACAUUAUGAUGGUGAAGGAUCACGUGAACAUGAUGGGUUUUGCGGGGAAUAACCCUCUUCAAGGACCGAACGACGACAGAUUCGGCCCGAGGUUUCCGCCCAUGAACAAGGCGUACAACCGGUCGCUGCUAGAAAUGGGCCAACAAGUAGCCAACGAGAUGGGCAUCUCGGAUAUGGUGCACAGAGGCGUCUACACCUGCCUCGGCGGGCCGAACUUCGAGACGGUGGCUGAGCUCAAGAUGCUGAGGAUGGUCGGCGUCGACGCUGUCGGAAUGUCGACGGUCCACGAGGUGAUCACCGCGAGACACUGCGACCUGCAGGUGUUCGCGUUCAGCUUGAUCUCGAACCAGUGCGUGAUCGACUACGACAACCACGACGAGGCGAACCACGAGGAGGUGAUGGACGUGGGAAAAGCGAAGCAGCCGCUACUGCGGGAGUUCGUGUCGCGCAUGGUGCUGCGGCUGUCCGAGCAUCUCAGCUCCGAGAGGAAGUGAUACGGAUAGAUCGUCCGCCAAAGGGUAGAAAUUCGCACCUCCGACGCGGGAAUCGCGAGGAUCGCGGAGACUCGCGGAGACUCGCGGAGACUCGUGGAAUUUCCAUGGUCGAAUUUCCGGCCGGCUCGGAGCCUGGCCGGGGGAUUAGCCUCGAUCACGUGCCGGGGAUCAUAUUUAAUUUGACGCGGGAAAGCCGAUGCAUUUCUCCGCGGGGCUCGGAUCUUACGCGCCGCCUCGGGGAGCAUCGGAGCUGACACCGCUGGGCCCCCGGCCAGCCUCGGGACCGCCCUAAACUCGGGAGCGGCUCUCUUUCCCCCGUUCCGCCUUUCGACACGAUCGCGACCGAGAGCCGCGGAAUUCCAUCAGUAUUCUAUUGGGUUGGCAACCAAGUAAUUGCCGAUUUGUUCAAUGAAAUAAAAAAUUUUUUUUACUUGGAA